CCAUGAUUCCAAGCGGCACUACUAUUUCCGCUCAGGGGCGCCAUAUUUGUUGUGAUAGUUACUUCCUCGAGAGGAACGGCAUUCAACUUUUAGUUAUGGCUGAUUACGACCAACAAAUCUCUAAAGAAGAAAAGCUUCGCAUUGCGGAUGAUUUUAUAAAACACGCCCCUCCGGGCGAGUUUAACGAAGUUUUCAACGAUGUCAGAGUGUUAUUUGACGACGAUCCGUUGUUAAAGAGCGGUGCUGCUAGCACAUUUGCAUUAUACAAUAAAGAACAGUUUACGCCUGUCAAAGUUGAAGGUGCCGAACACCAGGUGUUAGUUACAUCACAUGGAGAGCUACCAGAUGGAACUUUUAUUGAUCCAAAAUCAAAGUUGAAGUUUCGAUAUGAUCACUUAAGAAAGGAAGCUAAUAAUCCAGAAACAAUCGAAGUUGACAAAGAAGCUGAACCUUGGCGUGAACAGCUUGACAUCGAAUUUAGAAAAUACAUUCGAAGUCAUUAUCCCCAUGGGAUUUCUACGAUUUACGGCAAAAAUGUGAAUGGGAACAUUUCCUUAAUUGCGUGCUGCGAAGAUCACCAGUUUCAGCCGCAGAACUUCUGGAAUGGUCGACUGAGGGCAGAAUGGUCCAUAUCAUUCAAAGGUCCUGGUGAAACUUCCCAGUUGAAAGGAAUUAUUAAAGUACAGGUUCAUUACUAUGAAGAUGGCAACGUCCAGCUAGUUUCGUCCAAAGAAAUUACAUCGGACAUUAAAAUAACUAGUGAAAGCGCAACUGCUCGGAGUAUUGUUGAUGUUAUAGGAGUUGAAGAGGAAAAGUUUCAGAAUGCUCUAACGGAGAACUACAGUACAAUGUCUCAAACGACUUUCAAAGCCCUUCGGCGCCAGUUACCUGUGACUAGAACUCGCUUGGACUGGAAUAAGAUUGCUGGCUACAAAAUUGGUAAAGAACUGAAGACCACGUCAUAGACGCAAUCGUAAAUAAUAUGUACUCCAACAAACUUGAUUUAAUGAUUGACAUAUAUUCAUCCUAUAAUCAAUAUGCUCAAAAAUCGUCAUUUUCGCUCGAGCACGAUAAAAUAUGUUAAAAUUUUCAGUAUUUUUGAAGCAUAGCUAGUAAGUCCGAGAUUUUCGUCUAGCUCAAACUUGGUUGUUCAAAGUUCUGCUUUCAGCCUAAUGUUAAAAAUGUGUUAUGUUCUAACCACUAAACACACGCACAGUGUAAGAGAGAGGUACUUUAUGACCAAGAGGCAAAACUUGAAACGUUGAACUUGGGCAUCCAAGUUGGAGUUAGCUUUAAUAUAAUGUUGAGCCGUGUCCAUUUUGAACAACUAGUUCUUAAGCCCGUUUUGAGUUGGCGAAUUUGUUCGCGCGAUACAAAAGCAAAAUCUGUUUAACUGUACUGUUUGGCGGAAAGAUGCUUGCAUAAAAUCUGUGUGCUUUUUAAUAUCAGCACCAAAACUUAUUAAAAUUUUGUUCAUGCUUAUUUGUUAGUCAGCAAUAUCCCAAAAGUCUAAUCGACGUAAACGGCGUAUGCACAAUGAUUCAUUAAGGACUUAAGGUGUUUCUUGGUUCGCGCGCACAAAUUCGUCGUGUAUAGCUAAUUGUUUUAGAGAAGAACAAACUAUUCUCUAUUGUUUUGCAUGGUAGCAAUUUAGAAAUAAGAAAUUAUUUUAUUUCUGAGCCCGCCUUGUGUAAGUUUGUUGCUGAAUAUGUUGCCAAUAGUGUUGUAUCUUUUAAUUAGUUCGACUUAUGAAAUGGUCUGGGAGUUAUCAUGAAUAAUUACAGCUAUAAAGAUGA